AAAACAAACUGCUCUUCAUAAUCUGGUCGCAUAUCUAGACACAGAACCAUGGAUUCAUUAUUUGUGUACUAACGUCGUCGGUGAGGGCAUUCAGAAUACGUUUUAAUGUAGAUAAGUGUGACCACAGUAGCGUAAAAAGGUUACGUUUCUAAAAUAGUUGUUGGUUUAUCAUUUGUGGGGGCGCUAACGUUAUUUUCCGACGCUCGGAGGACAGGUUUCUAUGAAGCUGCUGUGAUACUUCAUCUGCUCCGUGUUCAAAAGCGUCUGCUGACAUCUUCUAAAGUGGUCUCAAGUCUGAUUCGGGUGCUUACAAUGGAGAACUCUAACGAUGACUACAGGAUGCAGGUCUUUGACAUGGAAACACAGAUGUUGCUGAAAACAGCACUAAAAGAUCCCAGUUCAGUAAACCUUGAGAAGGUAUCCGAUAUCAUUGUGGAUCAGUCCCUGAAGGACCAGGUGUUCAGCAAAGAGGCAGGACGCAUCUGUUACACAAUUGUGCAGGCUGAGGCCAAGCAGAACAAUGGGAAUGUAUUCAGGAGGAACCUGUUGAACCGGCUGCAGCAGGAGUUUAAGGACCGUGAGGAAACAAGGGAACGCUCACUCCAGGAAUGGGUCUGCUACAUCACGUUCAUCUGUAACAUCUUUGACUACCUCAAAGUGAACAACAUGCCGAUGGUGGCCCUGGUGCAUCCUGUGUAUGACUGUCUGAUGAGGCUCGCCCAACCAGACGCUCUGAUGAACGAGGAGGAGGUGGACUGUCUGGUGGUGCAGCUGCAUCGUAUCGGAGAGCAGCUGGAGAAGGUGAAUAACCAGCGGAUGGAUGAACUUUUUUUCCUACUGCGGGACGGCUUUCUGCUCCAGGAAGGCCUCACCUCCAUGGCCCGUCUGCUGCUGCUGGAGAUCCUGGAGUUCAGGGCAGGAGGUUGGCUGCUCAGCAGCACCGCCCACAAGUACUACUACAGUGAAAUCGCCGAUUAAGAUACCCAAGCAGCUCUUUUGCAGCCGUAUUUGCCAACUUUAAAACACCUUUUAUACCUAGUUAACCUCACCAGUGAUUAUGAAACCAGCAAUUUCAAAACAGAUGGAUUUAGCAUCCUGGAAAUCGGUGGAAUUUCAGAAAAGUUGAAGAGGACUGUGGAGGGUUAGGCAGCAGUUCAACUGUUAGAAGACUUUUAGUUUUGCUGGGUUCUUUGAUACAUUUAAAACUGUUACUACGAUGUGCUGCCGUGGAUGUGGAAUGUGCAAUAGUUCACAAGAAUUUAAUUUAACGAGGUUUUGCCACAUUCAGGUACACAUUGUUUAAAUUGAUGCUGUUUUUACGUUUGAUUGCAGCAACAGAAGCAAAACACUGUUAGUUUUUUUCCUUCCUAGCAUUCCUUUUACAGACGACAUUUCAAGUUCAUGUUGAUUUGACCAAAACUACAGUAGUGGAAGCAGACAUUCCUGUCUAAUGACAGUUGAUUUGGUCUUUCCUUUUACAUUUUACAGUUGUGUGACCAAUGUUUUAGUGGAUUGGAUCCUUUUUUUUUUUUUUUUUUUUUUUUUUUUUUUAGAAUUGAACAGUUAAGGGUUUUAUUGCUGAGGAUCAGUUUCUAAGAUGGUUUGAAUUGCAGUUUUCUGCUUGGUUUGUCCAGUAGGAUUCCUGCUUUAUUGAAUUUUUUUUAUCCAUUUGUUACAUUUUUUCAGGUGAAACAUUGGGUUUAAUUCAGGGAUUUUCUUUGAAUAUGUUUUGCUACAGAAUAUGAACUCAAAUCACAAGUAAAAAACCAAAACAGUGGUUACAGUUCAUAUUAAAAGAUUUUUCUACAAGUUUAUUUAAAUUCAGCAGUUUGUUUAUAAAACACCAUAUGCCAAUAUAACACAGCCAAUGGGGAAUGUUUGACUCAUUAAGCAGUUUUCUGGUUGUUGGAGUGCUAGAGGAGUAAACAUUUUAGUUCUUGUUGUGUUCAGGUUCCACCAACACUUGUAACACUAUGUAGCUGAGGUCUGUUUUAUGUGGAGUGUGUUGUGGAUUGGACAUUUGUUUUACUACCAAAGUUUUUCCUUUGAAUCAAACCCAAAAAAUAGGUUUUAGAAUUCAGAAUAUUUAAAAAUCUGCAAAUAAGGCAAGCUUACUUUAAAUACGUUGCAUUCACAGCAGUCUGACAAAUCAUCUUCCGACCAACUCGGAGCAAAACAAUCCUCCGUUAAUUAUAAGUUAAAUUUCAGCUAUAAAAACUAUGAAAAUAUUGUCAAGGUGAGACCUAGUUUGAGGUAAAAGUAGGUUUAUUUGAUGUUAAACUAAUCUGUGAGUUAAAUAGGACUUUAUGCAAUGAAAAAUCAAACUCUGGACAGUCCUUUCAGGCCUCAGUACUGACUGCAGUAUAUGUUUCUAUAGUUUUGUAAUGCACAAUCAUUUUUACAUUACUCAUUCCCUUUUUUAUGAUUGGAUUGUACAUUUAAUGCAGAUCUGUUUGUUCUAAUAAAUCUUAUUAGUUUUUUCCA